UCGCCAUAUUGCGUUUUGUGAGGAAUGGUAUGUGACCAAGAAAGCAGGAAAAAAGCACCUUAAUCGGACUUUGUCUGGAGCUGAAAACUUAUGUCAUUCCUCAUCUUAUCUAUGUCUGAUGUGUUAAGUCUGUGAGACUUAUUGUAGUCCGGUAUAGUUCCCUUUUCCGAUAAAAGUUCCCUCGCUAGACGACCCCUCUUUGCUCCUCACAGAGAGAAGCCAUUUCUAGCAGACAAAGGAAACUCGGAUAAGGCCUUGCAAUAUCGGACGAAAUAACCUGAUAAGCUCGACGAGACUUCUUCUGCUGAAGUCUAGGCAAUAUUUGUAAGCCUAGGCUAGUAAAACUUCGAUUCAAGGAUGCAAUUUAACUGAAAACGAAGAUAACACCAGAUGAAAUCCAAGGACUUUCAUGAGUACUGAUCCAUCACGAUGGAAGUAGAUGAUGUGGAACAUCUUGAUCCCAGUGAUGGCGAGGAUGAUAAUGAUACACAGCCACUGAUGACAGAUGACUUUGUAGACCAGAAAGAGUAUGGAAGGAAACAUGAAUUCUUUGGAGUCAAGGGAGACAACUCUUACCCUGAUGAGAUGGAUGAUGCUGGCAAGGUCAGUAAGAAUGGACUGGAAUAUGACAACAAGGAGAAUGACAGUGUGUAUGACUCCCCAGGUGGACACAGGCACACACACAGACAUAAGAAGUUCCGCAGACAUCAGCUAAGGAUGGCCGAGCGGUCAGCAGGUUCUCGAAAACAUCGACAUGAGGAUGAUGAUGAAGAUACUGGUGACCUAGAAGAUGGAGAGAUUCUGGAGGAUGGAGAAAUAGCUGAUGAAGAAGAUGAAGAAAGGCCUCCCCCAUCAAAGAAAGCCUCAAGUGAUCCAAAUAAUGAAUCAUCAAAAUCAUCUCCAAGUUCGUCCCGAGAGCACCGACAUAGUCACCGACAUGAGCGUCAUCAUGGGGAGGAGAAGGAAUCGGGAGAGGGAAACGAGGAGGGGGAGGAAGAAUCAGGGGAUAAAGCUCGAAAGGAGAAGAAGAAAAGAAAGAAGUCCAAAAAAGACAGACAUGAUCGGAAAGAUCGCGAAAAAAAGAGGAAGCGACAUGGUAGAGAAUACAGAGAUCCUGAUCGCCCAGAAGAUCAAGACAUGAUGUCCUUUGACAAGAGGUCCAGGUCCCCACCUGGGCCAUAUGAUAGCCCUGGAUAUGACAGUCCAUCUGGACCAUAUGACAGCCCAGGGCACAACCGUAGUCCAUCAAAGAAACACAGCUCUCCUAGCCAAUAUGACCACUUGUAUGACAGCCCUCCAGGACUCUAUGAUAGUCCAUCGUAUGAUGAAGACUCUGAAGACGGGGGCCAUAACUUACUAAGGCCUGGUCCCGGACCUGGUUAUGAUGGAGAUUACAUGGACACUGACAGUCAGAAUCAAACGCAUGGUAGGAAGAGGAAAGCAGGUCACAUCAGUAGAACUCCAAGACGAUCAGGUGAAAACCAAGGCCCGGUGCAACCCAGGAAGAAACCACUGUUAGAAAUACCUCGUCAUGAAAGGCCACACUGCAAGUUCUACAUGGAAGGAAAAUGUGCUAAGGGAAGUGGUUGCCCGUUCAAUCACGACUUCCGACCACCUAAGAAACCAGAAGUGUGCAAGUUCUACCUGCAGUCAAACUGUUCCAAGGGAGACUUCUGUAUCUACAUGCAUGAUGAUUAUCCAUGCAAGUAUUUCCACACCGGAGCAGACUGUUACCAGGGUGAUAACUGCAAGUUUUCCCAUGAACCCCUGACUGAUGAAACAAAGGCAUUGCUGGAUAAGAUACUACAUGGUGACGAGCCAGAUAAGCCAAGGCCUUGCUUACUUGGUUCCCCUCCACGCCACCUGCUGGAAGGAGGAGUAGGAGGAGACCUGACAAAGAAGAUCCCAUCACUGUUUGAUAUUCAAGUGUUUCCCCCAGGACAGAAUCCUAGUCCCCGUAAACCCACCCCAGCUUCACCGUCCAUUAGACCAAGUGGUUUCUACCAAGAUUCAGGUUCUCCACCACAAGCUCCUGGCCCAGGACCACCUCCUAUUAAUCUCCCUCCUCCCCAGCAGCAUGCCUCAGUUCCUCCAGUUCUCAACAUGAUAGGUGCAAUAUUGAGGGGCGCCCCACCAGAAGUGGUGGUUAGGGCAGGUGCUCCGGGACCGAACCAAGGACCUCCACCUGGUAUGCAAGGACCCAGAAUGCAAGGUCCAGGAAUGGGUCCAGGACCCAGAGGCCUAUUCAUGGGCCCAGGGCAUGGUCAAGAUCUAAGAGGUCCAAGGGGCCCAGGUGGACCUCCUGACAUGAGAGGUCCAGGACCAAAUUUCCACGACCAGAGAGGGCCUCUUCAUUUAGAUAACGGACCUCAAGGUCGAGGGCCAAUGAUGGAUCCUCGUAACCCAAGAGCUCAAGGAGGUCCUCCUUUUGAUCCAAGGGAUCCCCGAGCCCAACACAUGGAUCCUAGAGAUCCAAGAUCCCAAGGAAUGGACCCACGAAGACCCCCAGGUGUGGAUCCUCGAGGUCCACAUCAUGGAAUGGAUUCAAGGGGUCCACCUCAGGGAAUGGAUAUAAGAGGGCCACCACCGGGGAUGGAUGCAAGAGGUCCACCAUCAGGAUUGGACCCAAGGGGUAUGUCCAUUGAUUCCAGAGAUCUGCGGGGGAAUGAUCCAAGAGGUCCUAGAUCUCAAAAUAUGGGCCCUCCUGUUCAAGCAGAUCCAAGAAAUCAGAACAAGGAUCCCAUGGAACAAAGAGAAUUAGGUCAAAGAAACCAGAGACCGUUAUUGCCAGAUCCCAGGGGACCUUUUGAUGUAGAUGGUCCCCCUAAAGACUCAUGGGAGGCAAGAGGUCAAUCUCAAGAUUCAAGAAAUGUGCCAUUCCUUGCAAGAGAUCCAAGAGCCAAAGCUCAACCUAACAGAGACCCUCGCAGUGCUUCAUCUGAACAACAAGACAAUCAAUCAGUCAGUGACCUAAGAUGUUCACCACAGGAAUCUGAGACUAAAGUCAAAGAAGAACCUAGAAUAACAGCUUCAGAUCCACGAAGAAGUAGAGAUCCAAGAGUGUCAGUGGCAGACCCCAAAACAUCUCCAAACCAUACCAGUGACACAAUAUCUAGUCCUUCAGCUCAUCGUGAUGCAAGAGCAGUGAAAUCAGAGGACAAGGAUCCAGAAAGUCCCAUUUUAAGUACAGACUCCAGUAAAGUUCCAAAUAUUGAAACAAAAGAAACUGAUAAAGAAGAAAACAAACCUGAAGAUGAGACACCGAGUAAUGAAGAUACACAAGAAAUCUCUGAAGAACAAGGUGGAGGUGAAAAUGAAGGUGACAAGGCCAUUGAGAUGGAAAUUCCUAGUCACUUACCUCCAACCCAACGGAAUUUGUUCAUGCGAAUAAAGCAGCAACAACAUCAACAAGACAGUGCUCUGAGUGAACAAGGGGAGACAACUGAGACAAGCGAUGAUCCAAGUGCAGCUAAAGGUUCCCAGGAUGCUGAAGAUGAUGACUGGUACUCCAGUGAUGAAGAUUUGGAAGGGGGACCUAAAUUAAUGGAUGUCUUGAAGAAUCUCAGCAAACAGAUGAUUCAGUCCAUCAAAAACCAGGCUCCGACAAUUCCAGAAAAAGCACAGUCAGCACCCCCUGGUGUCAGAGACAGUGUCAAACCAAGGGCUGCAAAGAGACAUGAUUCUACAGAAAGUAUGAAGGGAUCUGCAUCACCAAAAGACAUAAUACGAGAUUACUCAAUGUCAGAGCAACCCAGCCAGGAUGUUAUUAAUGGUUCCUUCCCUGUGAUAGAAGCAGUCCUUACUUCAAUGACAUACAGGAUCAAAGACUUCAGUUUGAAUGAAGACGAGCAGAUCCAAGGGUGCAAACAAGCAGUGAACAGCCAAGUCAACCCCCAAGUCUUUCAAGCUUGCAAAAAGCUGUGUCAGAGCAGAUUGCAAAGGCUUUGGAUUCUCGUGGGAGUGAUCCCCGCUUUACAAAGAGUGCAGUCUACACCCAAUCCCAUGUCUCACAGCCUACCUGUCAGACCAAUCAAAGAUCCUCGCCUAGGCCGACUUCAGGAACAGGGCACUCCACAGUCGGGUGGUAGACAGGACCCCAGAAAUAUGUCCCGCCAACAUAGUCAUGAUGGAUCUGGGAGACUUAAUGACCCCAGAGCUUCGGGUUCAUUCCAGAGUGGUGAACCAAGGAUAAGACCAGAUGUCAGGAUGCCAUUUGAUCAAAGAAUGGGCCCGGGUCCAAGACCAAGGCCGCCAUUUGGUAACAGAAUGCCAUUUAUGCCCCGAAUGCCAUUUGGCCCGAGAAUGGGUCCUGAACCCAGACUGCCAUUUGAUCCCAGGAUGGGCCCAGAUCAGAGAAUGCAGUUUGAUCCAAGGAUGAAUGCAGAUCAAAGAGGGCAUAAUGAACCUCCCCAUUUAAGUGAUCCGAGGUCAGGGGGUGAUCCAAGAUGUGGUCCUGGAUCAGGAGGUGAUCCAAGAUCAGGUAUUGGGCCUCUUCAGGAUGACCCAAAUAACAGUAUGGGGAUUGUUGGAGAUCCAAGGCAGGGGCCUGGAUCAGUAGUUGAUCCAAGAACAGGUUCUUCACCCAAAAAUGAUCCAAGGUUAAGUGCAGGUCAUGAUCCAAGGUUGUUGGGUGACCCUAGAGUAAGUAGUGAUUCAAGAAGUCAAGGACUACAGAGAACUAACUCUGACCCAAGAAGUGCUAAUUCUGAAAACAAGUUAGAUCCUCGACAGAAUCAAGCUAUGCCUUCAGCAUUAUUAGAACCCCCAAAAUUAUCAGACCCUAGAAUUUCUAACUUAGAAACUGCUGAUACUAGUGAAUCAGAAUCUGGCAUGUCUGACUCUCAAUCAGAUCAGUCUGUGAAAAGGUUUGACUAUAGAAAUGAUCCAAGAUUCAAGAGGAAACCUGCUUCUGAUUCCACAGAGAAGGGGAUCCUUGUGAAAAAGUUUACUGGUCAAAGGAAAAGUAGUAUGGAAUAUAGUUCCCCAUUAGGAAUGGAUGAUUCCAAGUCAGAUGACAGUUCAGGUUACAAUAGUUACAACAGACAAAGCUCUAAUCCAACUAAACCCGCCACCAAAGGUGGGAACUGGGGAAGGACUAGUAGCAAUUCUCCAGGGGUUACUGGAGCUCCAUCGGCCCCCCAGGCUGGACAACCAUCAACACCACCACCACCAGACCUUCCCAAACAACCUGGGGGGCUAGAUUCAGUGACACCAGGCAUUCCUGAUGUGAUGAUUCCACCCCAAGUCCCCAUGCCCAAUGAACCACCUCUCAAAGAUCUGUUUAAGUCUAUAGAUCCCACAGCUUCCCCUUUCUGUUAGGGUCUAACUGCCCCUUACUUCCUAUCGUUCGGUCAUGUGCAAUCACCACCACUUUACACUUUAUUUCCAUCAUAAAGCAUUCAUCACAUGAAAGAAGCACCACAAAUCUCUCCUUAGAUUUGAAGUCCGCAUUGUGUUCAAUUUCAGGAUCUAUGAGGCCAGUGUCAAUAGGAAGUCUCUGUUCAUCUCUUGAUGAGUUUGUAAUUAGAAAUUGUAAACAUAAAAUAUCAUGAACAUUGUGAUAAUGUGAACCCUGCUUUCUUUCCUUGUUAGAGAAACAAAUGAGAGGAUAUUAAGUGUAAGUUCCAAUCUUCAUGUCUUUCAACACUCAGAUGUUAUACAAGCUUUUGGUCUCUCAAUGUAGUCUUUGUUAAGUCAUAAACAGGACUUGGUACUUACAAAUAUGGUCAGGCCAUAUGUCUGGAGGCAGUCACAGUUGCUGUGACAUAUUUAUUUGGACAUACUCUUUCAUAUUAAGAGGAGCAUAGUGCUGCACUGCUCAGUGUGUUUUCUGUGUAUUUGAGAUGUGGUAGUUUUGUAUGUUCUAAACAUAUUCCAGUAGUUGUGAAUGGUUGUGUCUAAAUGAAAUAUCCAUGCUGUUUGAACUUGCAUAUUAGUUGGGGUUUGGGUUGAUAUAUAUGUAUCAACCUUCUGUGUUACUAUACAAGGGGAUACUUGACAAUUUAAGUGGAAUUUGAAGUAUCUAUGACCUUCAAUAAUUACUCAGAAGGAGAACUUACACAGUGUUGUUGAAUGAACUGAUGGUAUGAUGCAUGAAUCAAAUGAGAGGUAAAUAGUGUGUAUGUGUAUGAAUGUGAUUAUUAUGUAUAUUAACUGAAGGCAAGAAAUUUUCCAUGACAGUUUGCAAAUAUGCACCAUUUUCUGUUAUAGAAAGAGCAACAUGCUGCUUAGCUUUCAAAUAUAACUGUUACUGAGUAUCAUGUGAUCUCACAUAUCCCCAGCACUUCUCUGAAAAUAGUUUUGAUAUAGGCUUUCCUUUCCAUUAAUUAUUAGUGAACUAAUUGUUCCUUUAUGAUUUGAUAAUUAAUCCAGGGCCAAGACGAAUCUUUUAUGUCUAAAUUUGUUGCUUACCAAAGCCCAAUAAAAUCUGUACAUGCUUAAGUAAUGCUUUAAGUUUCAAGCUUUUCUCUUUUGCAUGAGAGGCAAUGACAAUGGAAUUCUAAAAUGUUACUUAAAGGCACGUCAAAAAGUAUAGUUUAAAGUUAAUUCUCACAACAAUGUUCCCUGUUGCAUUUAAUAGAUCCUAAAUACAUGUUGCUCAUAUGAUAAUGGCAACUUUAUACUUCUAAGUGUUGCAGCUUUACGGAAACUGAUGGUGUAUGGAUGUGAAGUGUUGAGACUGCAGUAGAUGUUAUUGUGAACAACAGUGUUGUGAAGUCAGUAAAGUAAACAGAAAGGUGCUUAGUGUAUUUAUAUAUUACAUUUGUAAAUACUCAGUUGUUAUGUACAGAUGUGCCAAUGUCAAAGUGAACAUUUUAAACUUGUUCAUCUGUAUGUCACAAAAAUGCCAGCUUUCAAUGUCUAAGUUUGGCAAAGAAUAAAUUUUAACAAAAUA